ACAUAGAUUAGGUGUUGCUGUGUAACUAGGGUUUAUCCUUGAAGCUAAAACUGCAAAAUCCGACAAGUUCAAAGUUGUUCCCUACUCCCCACUCCCUCACCACCCACCAAAAAUAAAUAAAUAAAAUAAAAUAAAAAAUAAAGAAAUUAAAACUCCUUUCAGUUACACAUCAUUGUAAAGGAUACCAGCCAUGCACCCAUAACCAUAUUGAAUGGUAGCCCAUGCAUAUCUCUUAGCUUCCCUGUUCUUGUACUGUUACACAACUUGUAAUUCCUGCUCAUUACUAUUACUAGUCUUGUUAUAACAACUUAUAAGGAUAGUACAAAUGACAUAGAAAUCACUAACUCUCUCACCCAAACCAUGGUCUCUUCUUCUUCUUCUUCUUCCUCCUCCUUCUUCUCCUUCUCCUUCUUCUUUGUUCUCUUGCUGCUACACUCAUGCACUGCCCACAACCUACCAAAAUUCUCAGCCAUUUUAAUUUUUGGGGAUUCGACUGUGGAUACUGGAAAUAACAACUUCAUCCCAACAAUAUUUAGGGCCAACCAUGCCCCUUAUGGUAGAGAAUUCCCUGGUCAUGUAGCAACUGGAAGGUUUUCUGAUGGAAAACUUGUUCCUGAUCUAGUAGCCUCUGCCUUAGGAAUCAAAGAUCUUGUACCACCUUUCUUAGACCCACAUCUAUCUAAUGAAGAACUCAAAACUGGAGCCAAUUUUGCUUCAGCAGGAUCAGGUUAUGAUGAUCUAACAUCAGUGGUAUCAAAUGUGAUACCAGUGUCAAGACAACUAUUGUUAUUCGAGGAGUAUCUCUUGAGGCUUAAUUUGAUAGUAGGACCAAUAGAGGCUAAACAAAUAAUUAAUGAUGCCUUGGUUACGAUUAGUGCUGGAUCCAAUGACUUCCUCUUCAGCUUCUAUGAUAUACCAUCAAGGAAGUUAGAGUAUGAUGUUUAUGGCUAUCAAGAUUUCUUACAAGGAAAGUUGCAAGACUUUAUUAAGAAAUUGAUAUCCUUGGGAUGUCGGAAGUUCUUGGUUGCUGGUGUUCCUCCAUUCGGGUGUUUGCCUUUCCAGAUCACAGAACAGUCAUUAAAUCUUACAGAAUCUAGUCGAGGGUGCCUUGAAAAGGAGAAUAGAGAUGCUCGCGUUUAUAAUUUCAAGCUCGUGAGACUAUUGAAAAAAAUACAAGAUUCCAAUCCAGGAGUUAAAGUGGUGUACCUCAACAUCUAUGACCCUUUCAUUGACAUGAUCGACCACCCUCAGAAAUACGGAUUUGUGGAAACAAAGAAAGGGUGCUGUGGAAGUGGAUUGCUAGAAGCAGGACCUAUUUGUAACGCAUUCACAAAACCAUGUGCCAAUGCAUCCCAAUAUCUGUUUUGGGACUCUAUUCAUCCUGGGGAAGAAGCCUACCGAGUUAUAUCCCAAUUUGUAAUGGAGAAUGCUCUUCCCAGCUUCUUGUCCUAAUUAACAAUCACUUAAUUCUAUUUCUCUUAAUUAAGGCAAACAUUUGAGCUGCAAUAUAGAAUUAGCAGCAUCGGUGGGAAAUUAGAGGCCUA